AUGAGAGGCGUUGAUAUUUUAUCUGCUUCAAUACUGCUGUGCGGUGCUACAGUCGCCCAAAUAACUGGACAGCCAGAGCUCGCCCUUCAACCUCAACAUACACUGAAAACUUCCGACGUGAAUGAACCACUUGAAUUCCGCGGCUUCCAACUAUGGAGCAAAGUGGACAAACUAGACGCCAAACCGCUUAGCCCGGCUUGUAAAGCAUCCAUGACACGGAGGAUUCACUGUCACAAGAAGACGCGAUCCCUACAGCGGCAGCUUGGACGUCGGAGGCGGGGCUCAGGUCUGGGAAGCGAAGCGCUGAGCGACCUUGUCUGUGACAGCCGCUGUGGGGAGUCCAUCGCCGCGUGGGUUGAGAGCGUCGAGCGCGAUUGCGCGACGUUAGAGGAGAGGAUGCUCUUUCCGUCCAUGCGGGGUGGACAGCUGUGGGCUGGGUGGAACGAGACUUGUCUUAGGGACGAGAGAACAGGAAGAUAUUGUGGUGAUGUGAUGGACGAUUUCACAACCUCUUCCAUCUAUGACAUGCCCGUCGGAGAACUCUGCUCCUUCUGCAACGUGAAAUGGCACCAAAUGAUGCAAUCAUCGCCCUACUCCCUCUACGACAAGAACUACAAAUCGUACCUCGAACACAUCAACAGCGCUUGCAACCUCAACCUCCCAACAGCCAUCCCCAGUCUCAUGGUCUUCGAAAACCCAUAUGUAGAACGGGACCGGUACUGCCCGACCCGUCUUUCAUAUACCACUUCAGCGGGAGACACGUGCGACAGCAUCGCGGCGCAGUUCAAGGUUGCCUCGGCAGCUGUUCGAGUGAUGAAUUGGCCGCUUAUCGACUGUUUCUCUAUUCCCCGGGCUACGAGGCUGUGUAUCCCAUUCGGGUGCAAGACUUAUACCCUGAAGGAUGGGGAUACGUGCAACUCAAUUGAGCGGGAGUUGGACUUGAAACCGUGGUGGCGACUAUCUGCGAUCCGACAGUAUAACUUUUGGGUAAAUGAGGAUUGUUCAAAUCUGCUUGAGGUCAGUGAUACUCUUUAUGGGCGUGUCAUCUGUGUUGGCCCGACGGGUCAGUCGAUCCUAUACACGUAA